AUGCAAGAUCGCUAUCUGCCGAGGACUAUGGAACUCUUCUCUUGCACCACGUCGGAGGGGGGUUUCCCACGCAGACACGAGCAGAUACUUGGCGCAAUCAGGGCAUUGCCUGCGGUUUCCAGCCUGGUGGUGGCCAAGAAGCUUGCGUCGCUCAUAGUUCCUGAAGGAGGCUGGGCAGGUUUUCCCGGGCUGCCUCCCUCGGACGCUCAAACCCGCUGCAGCCCUCUUUUUUGUAUAGCAAACUCCAUUGAGAGACAUCUGUUCCUCCUUGUCCAGCGGAACGAGCGGCUUCACGGCCACGCCAACGCGACAGCGCGGUCUCUGCCAUGGCUUCGGAUGAGCCAAUUACAAUCAGCUUUUGACAUCCGAGGGGGCGCCCUUCGCUUGCGGCCUUUCUACGCGACCGUAUUCUUAAUAUGUCUUUUGGCAUCCUGGUCCAUCUUGACCAAGGCCACCCAACGACAGCUCCAACUGCAAGAUGCCUCAUUCUCACUCUCAUCCUCACCCCUCGCCAAACGAUCCGAGUUCACCGAGUGCCGAGAUGUCCACCGCGCCGAUGAUCAGUGUGCCUUUGUCAAGGCUCACUGCGCCGAGGACGAGGCUGGCCUCCUCUCCUACCUGACGCUGUAUUAUUGCGACCUUGGCAAGGCUCAGUGGUUGGCCUUCAUUAUCCUGGUCUGCUGGCUCGGCUUGCUCUUCACCACUAUUGGCAUCGCCGCCAGCGACUUCUUCAGCGUUAAUCUCAGCACAAUCUCUGCCAUCCUCGGCCUCAGCGAGAGUUUGGCUGGCGUCACCUUCCUCGCCUUUGGCAAUGGCUCACCCGACGUCUUCAGUACUUUUGCAGCCAUGGGCUCCAAUAGCGCCAGCAUGGCUGUUGGAGAGCUGAUCGGUGCUGCAAGCUUCAUCACCGCCGUCGUUGCCGGGUCCAUGGCUUUGGUUCGCGAGUUUAAAGUUGGCAGGAAGACGUACGUCAGGGAUCUCUCUUUCUUCAUCGUGGCUGUCUGCUUCACCAUGGUGUUCCUGGCAGAUGGCCACCUGCAUUUAUGGGAAUGCAUAACGAUGGUCUGUUACUACAUCUUCUACGUGGUUACCGUUGUCACAUGGCAUUGGUACUCAACAAGGCGGAGCCAGCGGCGGGUCCGGGAAGCAGCCGCACGAGGUCAUGUCUACGGGACGGUGGGGCAUCUCAGUGACGAGCUGGCACCGGAACCAUACCGGGAUGAUCCCGACGAUGAGAACCGGCACGUCACCUCCGCAGCCGCUUCCAGUGCUGGAGACAUCAACGCAUUGGAGGCUGGCCCUAGGAUCGAAGUUGAUGGUCAAGGAGAGAGUGACGAGGAGGCGGAAGACAGCGAUCAUGGGCGGCACGUCGUCGCAGAGAUGGCCAGCAGCAUGCGAGUGUUGCGUCCUAGAGGCAGAAGGCGCAACACACUCACGCCUAUUCGUCCCAGUCUAGUCGGCGCUCUCGAAUUCCGAUCUGCUCUGGCUCAAUUGCAGAAGGAAAGCAACCACAGGAUGAGACCGAUGCAUGGACGGGCCUACUCAGUCAACCACCUCGGGGGACAAAGUGAAACGAAUACAGUGGGAGGGCCGCCAUCCGACUCAGGAAGAUACACGAUAGGUGCCGUUGAGGAAUAUGGUCAGAACAGGAAUCGGGCCUUGUCCUCUGGCGAUAUCCCCGGAUCUAUUAACAGUCGUGACCAUUCGCCAUCGCCGUGGCGCUUCCCAACACCCGCAGACCCGAUCCAACAGAUAAAGGCCCAAGAGGGCAGAAACCGAAGUCUGUCACCAGCUUACAAAAUCGGUGGUAACUUGGCACCUCCUCCAGUCGACGCCGUACCACAAAGACAGGACAGUGGGGGGAGCGAACCGUUGGAGGCUCGGCCAUCACCUGGUCAACUUUCCCUCCAAAUACCAAGUCGGCGUGGCAGCAUGAGCGUCGGAUCUUCCCCUGCAUCGCCCUUCCCUGGUUACACCGAAUCGCCUCUUGUUUUAACGCCUGCUGCUCAGACGGAACCGACCGAGUUUUUUGCGCCGCCUGGACCGGCUCGCCUCGAAGUGCCAUUUGCGCCUUAUGAGAUGGCCAACCCCAAACCUGUAAGGUGGUGGCCAUACGCCAUUCUGCCUCCGCCGCACAUCUUUUGGGCAACAUUGUUCCCGACUCUGCUAGGAUGGAAGCAGAAAAGCCACUGGGACAGAUUUGUCAGUGCUAUAUCUGUACCAAGCAUCUUGCUCUUGGUGUUGACACUUCCGGUUGUCGAAAAUGAGAGUGCGGAUGAUUCAUCCGACGAGACUGCCGUGGAUCCCAUGAUGCGAGACCACUCCCACUGCGACGCUCCAGUGCCUGCCGACGCCUACGAAGACAAUGAGGGAGAGACGGAGUGGCAGCGCUUUAGACGGGCUACUCUGUCGCACUCUCGUGGGCAGUCACUUGAUCACUCCCCCAAGGGCUCUCCAGCGCUUAUUGCUAUCGAUUCUCCGAGUGGUGCGCGUGUGGCAACCGAAAUACCUACGAGUCACCCACAAGCCAUAAAACCCGCCAAGCCGUUGCCUUCGGAGAGCAGUCUAGCUCCUGUAGACGAGUCAGGACAUUGGAACAGAUGGCUCGUCGCGAUCCAGCUCUUCACCGGGCCUUUGUUCGCCGUCAUCAUUCUCUGGGCAAACAUGAAGGAAGACUUCCAACAACCCUACAAGGUCCUUGUCAGACUCAUCCUGUAUACACUCCUAGGAUCUACAAUUCUUCUCGGCUUCCUUCUCCUAUCGACUAGUCCUGAUAAAAAGCCAAAGUACCAUUUCUUGCUUUGCUUCAUGGGUUUCAUCAUUGCCAUCGCCUGGAUUUCUACCAUCGCCGGAGAAGUCGUCGGUGUCUUGAAAGCAGUCGGCGUCAUUUUCGGCAUAUCAGAAGCCCUCCUGGGCCUGACCAUCUUCGCAGCGGGCAACAGUGUGGGCGAUCUAAUUGCCGAUAUCACCGUUGCCCGGCUCGGUUUCCCCGUCAUGGCAUUGUCUGCGUGCUUUGGUGGGCCAAUGCUCAAUAUCCUGCUCGGUAUAGGAAUCGGCGGCGUCUACAUGAUGGUCCAGGCCGCCAACCACCGACAUAAGAAACACCCAGACAAGCCAUUCAAGUACCACUCGUACAACAUUCAAAUUGGAGGCACGUUGAUGAUCUCGGCCAUCACGCUACUCAUCACACUGCUUGGCCUCCUCAUCAUCGUACCCAUGAACAAGUGGGUGAUGUCACGGAAGAUCGGUUACGGUCUCAUUGUGUUGUGGAUGAUCAGCACCAUCGUCAACGUUGUUGUCGAGCUGACCGGAGUACUGUAUCAAUAUUGCGUUAUUGCAUUGCGCCGUAUGAGUAUACCCAAGCAUAGCCGAACAGCUAUUUCUACGAACGAGGUUGAAGGCACUCAGGCACGGUCCUACGUUGCAGACGUCGAUCACCAUCUGAUGUGUUUCUGUUUUCCUUUCCGUACGUGCACCACCAGACCCCUUGUGAGCGAAAGGGCAUCAGUAACCGAAGUUGUGACGUGCCCCAACCAACGUAUUGAGACGAACAUUAUGGAAUGCCAACUACGCAAUAGCUCAGCUCAGCUCAGCACAGCUCCACAUGUCAUUGCGUACACCUUUUUGUGUUUUGGCCAACUUAUGCCCUUCCACGAGGGGGGAACGGCGCGUCACUUUGCAAAGGCUCUUCCUGGUGUGAGGUCAUUCCAGUUCAUGCCAACCUUGGUUAUAACAAGCCACGCAAAACAAAUCACACUCAACUCGGAUUUCACUUGCCCUACCAGCUUUGACAAACUCACGGACUUGGCCCAUCAACUCGCCGGCAAAGACCAAGGCAAGAAGGAUCAACAACAGCAGCAGCGGGAUUCGUCAAUUCCUCAGGCAACGACAACGACUACCACGAACGGCCAGGAAUGGGCGGAUGUCGGGUCAGCCGCCAAAAAGGCCUUUGCUGGAUUCCAGGCGGAUCAAGCUGGCGGCAAGGGACCUGAUUACACCGAGAUUGGGGAUGUUGCGCAGAGGGCUUUCACGGCUUAUAACCACGGCGGUGGUGGUGAGGAGGGAAAGAAGGAUCUUGCUAAGAUUGAGAAGGACCUCGCUACUAGGUUUGGCGGCGGUGAUGGUGAGAAGAUGGAGGAGGGGAAGUUGGGAGGGACUGAUGGUAAGUUGGAGGCUGGGGAGGGGACUGGUGAGGUUGAAGGUGAAGGUGAAGGGCAAGGUGAAGGUGAAGGGCAAGGUGAAGGGAAGCAGACCAAAGUCCAACGUGAUGAUGGUCUGGCCGUUUCGAGGUCAAAUGCGAGGGAUACCACUGAGGGCGAGACGCUCCCUGAAGGGGAAUCCGACUCUUCUGCUGAGAAGAAGGGAUUCGGCUCUCACACCAAGCGAGAGGCCGGUGACGGUACCGGAUUCGAGAAGGGGGGUUUGCGUGAAGAUGAGGAUGUCUUUAAUAGUAGUGAGGGCAAGACCGACAUCACUAGAAGCGGCGAGACGACGACCUCUGGGCAAGGACUCGGUCGUCGGGCACAGCAGCCUGUGGGCGGUACCGGUGGCGAAGAAGAUACUCUUGGGAAUCAGCCGGUCAAGAGAUGGAUUGAGGAAAUUGUCAAAAACGUCCUACUUGUGCCGAAGCCGGACUGUUUCGAAACAGAGGCGCAGCAUGAUCGUCACUGGAGAGAUAUCUGUCCUCUAGCAACCAGCACCCAAGGUACUAAGGUGAAGGUCACCAAGUCGGAGCCGGGGACGGCUCCACCCUCGAGCCCCGGAGCACGCAUCCCUGCCGGGGGGCCGCCGCAAGGGGCAGUAUUCCCAGCCCGUUCCAGGUCCCAUCACAAGCCCACGAUCCUCCGUCGCCUAGCUGAUCUGCUCAGGGAACCUAACUUCCAGGUUCGCAGAGGCCACGAUGUCUACAUCUCCCCCCCCGGUAUUACCACGUUCCUGGCGGAAACAAAACAACUCGUCAUCUCAGCACUGCCCCAAUACAUGGCACAAGGACAGAUCAUCAAGAGAUGGGCAAUUAGGAGAUCUGGCAAGUUGGAAGAUGUGAUUGUGUUCGGUCAGCAGACGAUUGCGAAUCCCUUGUCAAAUCAUACCUGCCAAUGCUUGUGCCCACCUAACUGCCCACUCCGUACUACACCUUACACAAGGCCCAGACCCAGACCCAUUAGAGGGGGACCCUUGAACCGCAACAAGCACCAGUGCACCACAGUACCUCACUUGCCCCGCCAUCCAAAAAGCAACCCCGCGCCGCGCCUGCCACAUCCCGAAAAGGAGAGCUUCCUUUCCUGCACGAUUGACCGCCCUCCCUUUGCUCAACUUUCCCAUUGGACUUUUCCCCAUCCCUCCUCCCAUCCCUCGAAGCGCGAAAUUCUCACGACAAAGCUUCUUUCCUCAAAGCUUCACCACCAAACGCAAUACCGAAAUUGA